AGUGUUCUUUCGACUGGGUAUCGGCCUGGGUAUCUCAGUGUAAUUUGUAUCGUUAUUAUAUUGUUUUAUUUUGUUGUUUUUUUUCACAUUAUUUCGUGUUUCGGGUUUUGUAUUCAAUUUAUGGAUCGGAUCCCCUUCAGUUCAAUCGGAUUCCUUUAAUCGGUCACAACGUUUCUCACAAAUAUUCAUAAUUUUGUUGAACUGUGAACAUUAAAAGGAUUAAAAAAGAAAGAAACGAAAAUAUUUCGAUAUCUAAAAAGUGCAUUAAAAACUUUUUAAACAUUCAAUUUAUAGUUUAAUUUCAAUUCUUUAAUUUUCUACUUUGUUAGUUAUAAUUUUUUUUUGAAAUUUAACUUUUUUUUCUGCAUAUAAUUGAUAUAUUAUUCAUAAAGUUUAUAAAAAAAAAUCAUUGUGUGAAACAUUUAUAAUAAUUUCGGUGUAAUUUAAUUCGACAUUUAAGCAAAAGAAGAAAAAAAAGUCGAGAAAGAAAAAGAAAUAAAAAGAAACUUAAAUUUUGGUGUCGUGUUUGAGGGUUUUAAGACGUUAAUUCAUAAUUUUUUUAUUAUUCAAUUUAAUAUAUUUUACUGUGGACGCUGUGUAGUUUUCUUAUUUGAUACUACCGAGUUUUAUCUUUUUGUGGAAUAAGCUCCAGCUAUACACUCAUCAAUUGUGGACGAAUUAAAUUGGAUUAUCGCUGCAAAAAGAAGUAGGAAGGAAAUUCAUCGAAUCCAUCGUAAUAAACAAAAAAAAUCUUUAAAUAAAGUGCAAAGAAAAAGAAAAGAGAAUUAGUAGAAAACAAAAGAAAGCAAAUUAGACCGAAAAGAAUAAAAAAUAUUACAUCUUUGCAUGUAGAAGAAAAGAAAAGUUAAUGAUGAUGAUGAGAUAACAAAUGUGGUGUCUAGAAAAAAAGAAAGAGAAAAGUAAAAAAAGUAAUUAAAGCGAGUCAAGAGUCAAUUUUUAAGAAGUUGGCAAUUAAUUUUCUUCGUACUCGACAAAUUUUUCCCGAGUGAAAAGUUAAAUGGUGACAUCUGACAUCUUGUAACAGAAAAGUCGCGAGAAACAUCAACGAAAAGACAUUAAAAAUUCACCGAACCACCAACUGGAGGCACAGCGGAAUAUCCGUAGAAAAGAGAAUUAAUAAAGCAAUUAGAAAGGCGGAUUUGAACGAAUUUGCUGUGUACGAAUGGAAAGAGUGUGCUGAAAGCACAUGAUGUCGUUUACGUAAUUCUUCUUGCAUUUGGAUUCCAAUCGGUUUGUGGAAUUUUAAAAUAAUAGAAAAAAUUGAAACGAACUUUAAUAUAGUUUAGUUACAUCACUGCCUGAAACAUCGAAGUCUACGCAUUAUUUGUAGAUUGGAAUUGGUGUUAAGAAUCCUUGUUUAAUGCCCGAUCCCAUGAUGGUACGUCUGGCAGUAUCGACGCCAGACUCACCGCCGCUUAAUGGCGGCGUUGCGCAAGUGAUUGCACAAACGAACAAUACAAACGCAUCAGCUUCUGCUGCCAAUAACAGUUAUGUGCAUCAAAUGGAUACAAAUGCACAAUCAACAACAACUCCGCCAACACAAGCCUCGACAUCUCCGACUCAACAAAACAGUCAUCAAUUGACGCAAAAUCUUCCGCCCGGCGCGAUUCCAUUAAAUCAAAUGUCUCCACAUCACAUGCCUCCAUUUCACCACCAUCCUCAUGGUAGCGGAGCUAAUGGAGCUCAUAUUCAUGAUCACAACAAUGGCCACCAUCACAAUGGAUUAUAUAUAGGACCAGCAUAUGCAAAUGAAUUUUAUUCACCAGGUGCUGAUGCACCACCACACUACUUCAUUCCUCCCGAACUAUGCCCAGCUCAUACCCAACUUUGUACGGUUCAUCCAGAUUAUGGACCUGUAACAGUGCCAAUGGUUUCACAAAGUGGAUCACCACCGAUUCCAAUGCCCGUUCAAGUUCCACCUGGGCAUGUAAUGCAGCAAAUUGUUGAUGAAAAUGGGACGUUGAGGCAUGUGAUACUAUCUACACAGCAUCAACAAAUACAGGGCGGUGUUCAAGGUGUUCAACAUCAUAUUCAUGGACAUUAUGAAAACGAAACAGGGAGAGUGAAAAAAGUUAACACACCAAUUGUGUUUUUAAUUAAGCGUACAAACGAAAAAAAAAAAAUUAAAAACAGAACACUCAAAUACAACCAAAAGCUCAUUUUCUCGACAGCACGAGACGAAAGACGAGAAAUGGAAACGAACAGUCGUUAUUGUGAACUGUCCACGUAUGCAUUGUCAAGCGGCUACGAUUCAAGUACAACAAGCAGUAGUUUGAACUUUAUUGAUGAAGAUCUUCGUCUAUUAUCAGCUGUGAAUGUUUCGUCAAGUUCAAGAGAAAGUGACAAUAUUGAAGAAGAAAAUCAUUCUAAAGUGAAGUCAAUCACAAAACUCAUAAUAACAAUAACAUUGGUGAAGUUUGAAAAAAAGCAACUUUCUCAACACGUCAUAAGUUUCAUUCAUUCCCAAACGACAACCACAACAGCAACAUCAACAACGACGACAACGAGAAAUAACAAUAACAAGAAUAAUGAUAAUCUGAAUGGAACAAGUGUCGCUCGUCGAACAUUACAACGAAAUGGAACGAAUUCAGCAGGUGGUGGUGCAUCAUCAGUUGGAACGAGUGAUGAUGGCGAAGAAUCAUCGAGUGUGCCUGAUGAAGAAGAUGAUUUUCAACAAAUCAUAACUUUCUUAUCAUCAGUUGAAUCGCCAACCGUUAAGGAAAUUCAAUCACACACAGCACUCAUUACAUGGGAAGCACCACCAGCACCAACACAAACAACCGACAAUGCCUUAAAUAAUCUCAACACCAACGAUAUUCGCUAUGAGAUUCUAUUAGGUGAUCGUGGCAAAGAUGGCAAAUAUAAAUCAAUCUUUCGUGGAACAAAUCUUUCAUGUCGCAUUCAAGACUUGAGAGCUGGUCAAGAAUAUCACGUUUGUCUUGCAGCACAUCUUGAUGAUGUUCAUGGUGAAACAACUGAACCAGUUUUGUUUAAAACACCACCACGUGAACCUGAUAUUCCAACAGCACCAAAAGUUCUCGCCAAAAACAAAAAUUCACUUCAAUUACGUUGGAAUGCACCAGUUGAUAAUGGCUCACAUAUAAUUCAUUACAUUCUUGAGAUGAGUACUGAUGUUGAUCGAGAUACGUUUAAUGAAUUAUGUAAGAUUAAAAGUAAACAAUUUACGGUGAGUAAAUUAACACCAGCAACAAGAUAUACAUUCCGAUUAGCAGCGGUAAAUGAAUGUGGACGUUCAGACUAUUCUGAAAUUGUUUCAUAUGUAACUGACGGUUAUCCACCAUCACAACCAUUGCCACCAAAAGUUCAUAAUGUCACGACAUCAUCAAUUACACUUUUAUGGCAUCGCCGACGUGAAGAUGGUGACUUCAUACUUCAAAUGACAAAUCAAGGUGCACAAGGUUACAUGAAUGUUUAUUAUGGACCGGAAAUUAUCUACGAAUGUUCACGACUUCAACGUGCAACUGCUUAUCAAUUUCGCUUAAGCUCAAAAACUGAAGCUGGUCAAUCAGCAUGGAGUGAUGAAAUCACUGUAAGUACACAUCCAGAACAACCGGGACGUCCAUCAAAGCCACAAGUAAAAGGAAAAAUUCAUGCGAAUAAUUUCAAAGUAAAAUGGGAUCCGCCACAUGAUCGUGGUGGUGCUGAUAUAAAAUUAUAUCAUCUUGAGAUCAGUUCGGGUGCAAUUUUCGAGAGAGUUUACAGUGGAGCGCAUACAGAAGCGCUUUGUGAUCGUCUUAGUCCUGGUACAACAUAUCAAGUUCGUGUGAUAUGUGAGGGACCAGGUGGAUUAAGUAAUGCAUCUGAUACAUGUACGAUAACAACUGAAGCGAUCGUUCCAAAUCCACCGCAAACUCCUUAUUAUAGUAAUCUUCCUGGUCCAUAUGCAGCCGUACUUCAGUGGGAAAAACCACAUUAUCAAGGUGGUGCACCAGUUACUGAAUAUGAAUUGGAACUUGAAGGUGUUUUAAAUGAUGGUGCUGAGAAGACGAAGCAACGUGUGGUCGCUUAUCGUGGAAAGGAAUCAUAUUGUGUUGUAAAGGAUCUCUUACCAGGUGAAUCCUAUACGACGCACGUUCGUGCUGUGAAUCGUAUUGGUGCUGGUGAAUGGUCGGAAGAGUUUUGUUUUCGUGCUGGUUCAGCUCCACCAUCAAAGCCACUUGCGCCUGAUGUUCAAAUUCGUUCAUCAACAAAUUUAUUUGUACAAUGGCGUGAGCCACAAUGUAAUGGAGCACCAAUCUUAGAUUACAAGCUUGAAAGUUCGGUAAAGCAAGAAGAAGAUGCAUUUAGUGUUGUUUAUCAUGGAACUGAAACAUUUGCUGACUUGAAAGGUCUACUGCCAUUCACAAAUUAUUAUUUUCGUCUUCAUGCUGUUAAUGCAGCUGGUCGAAGUCCAAAUUCAACAACAGUUUGUCAUAAAACACCAGCAGCUGUGCCUGGUGUACCAACACUUUUGCCCGAACUCUUUGCCAUUACAUCAAGUACAUGUCAUUUAUAUUGGAAGGAGCCGGAAUCAAAUGGCGAUCCAAUAAUCAGUUAUGUUUUGGAAUGUGGUGAUCGUCAAAUGACUAUUGAAUCGUGUCGAACAGAUAUGUUGGUGGAACAACUUGUUCCUGAACAAGUGUAUAAGGUGAAAGUACAGGCUGUGAAUAAUAUUGGUGCUGGUGCCUUUACGCAACCACAUAAAAUUACCACAAAACCUCUGCCACCAAAGGCACCACGUCUCGAAUGUAUUCAAUAUGGGUACAACUCAUUGAAGUUGAAAUGGGGAAAUGAUGGAGCAACAAUAUCGAGUAAGAGUGCUAAUCUCAUGGACUUCCAACGUUUCGAGGUCGACAUGAAGAUAAAAAGUUCAUCGAAAGAUUUUCAAAAUAUUUAUGCUGGCACAAGAAACUCCAUUAAAGUACAAAAACUUCACGAGUCGACAGUUUAUGCUUUCCGCAUAUGUGCACAAACUGAACAUGCUGGCAUUGGUGGAUGGUCGGAUGAAUAUCUCUUUAAGACGCAAGCAGCGCAACCGAAUACAGUGAAAAUUAUUCGUUGCAUUGAAAAUUUUCCGCUGAUUAACAGUGGUACAAAUGAAUCGCAUGUUGAUGCACUUCCAGCAUUAACGGUUGAGUGGCAGCAUAGUAAGAAUAAUCAUUUCAAUGAUGCCAUCGAGUAUAUUCUUCAGAAAGCAUUAGCAGCAUCUGGUAGUAAUGGAAAUAAUAAAAAUCUUUCAUAUGACGAGAUUUACCGCGGAUCGGAUACAAGAUUUACAAUUGAUUGCAUUGAAUACGACACUGAUUAUAGCUUCCGUGUUAUUCCUGUUCGUGUGAUGAGAUCAAAACGAACCACAUCAGACUGUUCAACAUCAACACGGGCGUCAUCUCGUGACGAGAAUGAUGAAGUUGAUGGUGAAAGAAGCAGCGAUGAGUCAGACGAUGAAUCUGAUGAUGAGAAGGAACCAGUGAAACCAGUCACAUUCGAAUAUGUUCAUGGCGCAACUUCACCCGCUCUUCAUUAUAAACUUCCUAAGUCAGCAGAACCUGUACAUGGUGGAAGUGGAACGACAACGACAAUUAUUUCCAGCCAAAAUGUCGGAUCUUCUAGAAAAGGUGCAAAAUUAUCAACGAAAGCUUCAUCAGCUCAAUCUCUAAUAGCAUCAAAUAAAAAGCAUCAUCAUCACCAAGUUCAUGAAUCAACAACGGUUGACUCGACUUCAACUGACGUAAGCACAAACGAAGUCGUUAAUGCUAAUCAAAGUCUGUUCCUUAAAUUACUCAAUACAAUUCGUGAAUUCUUUUACAAUCGCAAAGACUGGUCGGUAACGCAAGAAAGUAUCAUCAUCUGGUUCGGCUUUAUGUUUUUUGCGGUUGUUGUCGGAUGCAUUCUUCACUUUCUUAUGGCAUAAAUAAGAAAAUGAUUUUUUUUCUAUGUUUUUUUCUUGUUUUUCUUUUUUUAAAUUCAACAUUAAGACGAAAAAAAAAAUGUAAAAAUUAGCACCACCAACAAUUAUCAUCGUGUCUCAAUGCAGGUCAACGUCAUUCAUUUCUUUUUGUUGUUCUUUAUUAACUAUUAUAAGUUUAAGAUAACUGAAGUAACUAAUAAUAUUUCCCGGAAUAAUGAUUUGUGUACUAAAUAAUCAUUUAUCAAUGAUCAACAUGUGGGAUGAACUUCAAUAGAUAUUUUUAUUGUCAUUUUGUGUAAAAUGUUUUCCAAGAAGCAUACAUUCCAUGUAAGAAGAAAUUAAAGUAUAAUAAUCCACUAACAAUGCGAUUUAUAACUUAAUAAUAUUAUAAAUAUUGCAAACACACACACACACAUACACUCACACAAGCAAAACAUAUAUUAAAAGAAAUAAAUUUAAAUAGUUAAUGUUCAGUAUUCAAAGCUUCCAUAAUCCAGAAUUGUAUCUUUUAUCAUUUUAAUCUUCUCAAAGAAUUUAAUUUUUGUUGAUUUUUCUAAGAUUUAUGUCUUGCGGAUUCUUUCAACCCUGAACGCAGACGAAACACUUUAUUUAAGUCAUUUAAAUACCAAUCUGUUCAUUUUCCAGUAAACUGUUUCAGAAACAAAAGAAAACUUUAAGCUUUCAUAGACAGAUGAAAUAGAAAUGCAAAUUAAACAAUUUAAAACGUUACCUGAGGUUGAAAACAGAAAUAGAAUCGUUUGGUGGACAUGAAACAAUAUAUUAAUGUACGUUCCAAUAGUAUGCCGUCAUAAACAAUUACAAUUUAUCCCUAAAGUCACAUGAAUAUGAGAAAAUUAUGAAAUUUAACAUUCCAAUGAUUUUUGUUUAUUUUGUAAAGAAAUGAGAAAAAAUGAAAAAUUAUUUACAAUGACGUUGAAAAUGUUUUUUUUUCAUGUUUGAUACCAACAUUGCAUUUAAGAAAAAAGUAUUAAACUGUCACAUAAACACACAAACACACACAUAAAUGGACAUUAUCGCCUUUUCCAAUGCCUUUCUCGUCUUGUUUUAACACUUUUUAUUGUAUUAACUUCAUAAAGAAAUAAGAAAAUUUCCUUGAUGAUUUCAAAGCUUUUAAUCUCAACGUUGAAAUGAUGAGUUGAUGUUUUGUCGUGAAUUUGACAAAAACAAGAUUUAUUUGUGUAAUAACUGGAAGAAAAUUCUUUCUUCUCUUUAACUGCUUUUCACCUUUUUUUUAUUCUCUUAUUUCUUACCCUGCAAUGUUGAUGAUGAGGAAAAAAAAUGUAAUGAAAUUGUCUGCCAUAAAACCACCCACAAAAACUGAAAUUCGAUAAAGAAGCAUUAAAUGAAACAUCUUUAAGAUGACAAAGAGGGAAAAAAAUUCCGAAUGAUUUCAGAAGCUAAACGAAGUCUCCUUUCUUUCUAUUUACAUUCAGGAAGAUUAAGGAAGAGAAGAAAAAGUUGUCUAAAGAUAUAUUUUUAUACAAACAAGAUAAGAAGAAGAAGAAGAUAGAGAAACGUUUACGAUAAAAAGAAUAAGGAAAAGGAUUUUAUAAAAAGACUUUUAUCUUAUUCGCUUUAUUUUAUUUUUUGUUUUGAUAUUGAAUAUCGUGAAAUUGGAAGAUUAAGUAAGUUCAAUUCAGGCACUUGAAUCAUCAUUUCGAUGGAAGUGAAUGUCGAUGAGAAGAAAAAGCCGCAAAUAUGAUUUAUAAUCAAAUUAAAAAAAAUGAAAGCAUCUUCAUUUAGCUAGAGAUCUAUUAUCAAUAUUAUUAUAUGUUUAUUGUUAAUACCUUUAAGAUUAACAAGAAAGAAAGAAAAUGAUUUAUUAGACAAGAACCUACAAGAAUACAUUUUUUACAAGUAAAAUAUCUAGAGGGUGCUAAUUGAAUAAAAUAAAUAAACACAAUUUAUGAUUAGAAACGAUUUGCAUAAAAAUAUGAAGCUUAAAGUUUUAUUUUCUUUGCUUUUCAAUAUGAAAGGAGCGAGCAAUGGAUGAAAAAUAAAGUCUCGCUGUGCAAGCAAAGAAUUUUAAUUAUUUUUUAUUCCAUUAUGGAAGUCGAAACAUUGCAAGUCCAAGAAAUAAAUGAAAAUAAUAAAUUAUUUUAUAAGUUAAAAGCUUUAAGCAGAAAAAAUGUUGCAAUUAUAUUUUUUUAAUAUGAUUUUUAUAUUGUACAUGCCUUUGAUUGGAAAGAGAUUCAGAGCUUUACAUAUUCAUGUAAUUAAAUACAUUCAAUUGUAUACAAAAAUCUUUGAAAAAUUUAUUCCAUUAUCUUCUUUUGAAUGUAAAAACUAAACUUGAUCAAAAAAUUCAAGAAAUUUUCAAAAACUGUUGAAGAAUCUUGUGCAAUAUUUUGCUUGUUUGAAAAGAAGUUAUGUAUCCAUACAUGUUUGUACAUUGCAAUAAUGAAAUGUAAUCUUUGCUUGCUCCUUUCAAGCUUUUAACAUUAGCCGAAGAAAGUUUUAUUCUGAAUUUUCGUCAAGCUUUUCAUGAAAUUAAUAUUUUGAAACCGAAAUCCAAUGAACUUAUAAGAAGCAAAAUAAAAAUGAAAAUUUUAUUAAAUGAUCGCUACGAAUAAAAAGAUAUGAAACAAACUCAUGCAUAAAACUUUACAGGGGUAGAAACAUUUAAUUCUACGUCGAUUAAGAACUUUCGGUCGACUUUAUAAUUUCAUUCUCUCUAUAGCUUUUCCACAAUUACAGUUAGGAAAAUUGCCCAGAUGAAAAAUAUGAAAGCAUAAAAUUCAAUUCGGUUCCUUUUGAACGCUUUAAAAUGGAUGCAAUGAGCGGAAAAAAUUAUAAAAAAAUGAAGAUGAAACUUAGAGCAGUUUUUAUGAUGGAAAAUUUAAGACUAAAUAAACUUUUUACAUGACCGAUGCUUAAAUUAAUCUAAUGGAAUUUAAAAUCUAGCAUUAAAAAUCAUUCUCGUCGAAAGGUACACAAAGAAUGAUAUCCCACAGGAAAGUUCCGGUGACGGGUGGAAAAAGUUAUCUGAAAACUCGCCAGACAAAGAAAAAUGAAAGCUUUUAGAUUAAAAAUAUUUCUAAGCAUAAAAAUGAAUGUUCUGGAAAUUAUUGCGGAAAAUCCGCUAUGGCCAAAAUUUCCUUUCUUUUUUUUAUAUCUAAAUAACUAUUUUAAUUUUGUAUUUCGAUAAGUUUUCCUAACAUUAAAAUACAUGACGAACGUUUUUCGUCUUCAUUAUCUGUAGAAAGUUUUCCUUUUCAUGGAAAUUUGAACGAUGAAUCGCAAUGAUACAAUGAAUGUUAUAGGACAAAAAGCUAAACAAUGAUGAUGGAUGGGAUAAAAUUUAUAUUCUUAAUGAAAAAAUUCAAUAUACUUGUAGAUUACUAAGAUCUUAAAAGAAAAUAAAAAUAAUCAAAAAAAUUAUAAUAAAAUUUUAUCAGCAACGGAACACAAAAAGAAAAUCCAUUUAUAUAAAUGUCCAAAUGGUGGAUUUUUAAUUUAACUAUAAUACAUUUAUAUAUAUAUACAUAUAUUUUAUGACAACCACAUGAUUGGUGGAGAGAUAUGAAGGAAUCAUUACUAUUGACUAAAAACAUAUUAAAAUCUAUCAUUAAAUCUUGAGAAAAUAAGAAAAAGAAAAAAAUGGAUGAGAAAAUCCCAAAAAAAGUGAAAAAAAAAUUAUGAUGAAAGGAGAAAGAAUUUUUGAUUACUCUUAUAAUUAAUUAAAAGUGAAAACACAAUGAAACUGAAUUAUUAUGACGGAAAACUCUAAAUCAAUAUAAUGAUGAAAAAUGAUAAAAAAAAACAAAGUAAAAUAUAUUUAUGUAUAAAAAGUAAUUAUUUCCAGUCUUUUUAUUUAUCAGUGAUGCUUAAUCUGUGGUUUUCAAUUCAAAUAUUUCAGAGAAAAAGAAAUUUAGACAUCAAUCGUGACGUCAGUUGGUAAAGGUUGAGAAUUACUGUAUUAGUCAAGAUUCUAUUUGUCUUCCUUUUCAGCUUUCCCUUCCUUGUUUCUUGUCAACUUCUGACGCUCUUUCCACUAGCUUAAAGUACUCACAAAG